UUUAACUUGACGUCAGACGAGAACGCCGGUAAGAAAUGUCUUUCUUGUCUUUCUUUUUGAGUGCGACGUGUGUGUGUGUGUGUGACCUGGUCCACACUUGUGUAAACAACACACUGUGUGUAUGCAUGUGUGUGUGUGUGUGUUUUCCCCAUCAGUAAACAGCAGGAAAGCCAUAAACACACGGAAAAGUCCAGGAAAUCCGGCACGGCGGCGCGUCCACUUUUCGAAUCCCUGCAAGCGCUCCUGACGACAUGAAGGAGAGGAACCCGUGGCACACGUCCGGGACGGUGGCGCUGGUUGCGAUCGGCGUGAUGGCCGCGGUCGCCCUGGUGGCGGUCGCGGUGGUCCAGAACCUGCCCCCGGCGCAGAAGUACAAGUACGGGAUCGUGCUGGACGCCGGCUCGUCGCACACGACCGUCUUCGUCUACCGGUGGCCCGCCGAGAAGCACAACGGCACGGGCCGGGCCGAGCAGAAGCACUUCUGCGACGUCAAGGGUCCGGGAAUCUCCAGUUACGCGGCGGCGCCGUGGAAGGCCGGCCAGACCCUGAGGGACUGCAUGCGCCAGGCCGAGGACAGCAUUCCCCAGAACAGACGCGCCGAGACGCCGCUCUACCUGGGAGCCACCGCCGGGAUGAGAUUGCUCAAUAUGAAGAAUAGCUCGGCAUCCGAGGAGGUGUUCAGGGCCGUGUCGGACACUCUGCAGACCUUCCCGUUCUCCUACCAGGGCGCCAGGAUCCUCAGCGGCCAGGAGGAAGGCGCCUUCGGAUGGGUCACCGUCAACUACUUGGACGACCGCCUCAAGCAGGGCCUGAGGACCACGGGGGCCUUGGACCUCGGCGGGGCGUCCACCCAGAUUAGCUUCGUGCCCCAAAGGUCGGAGGGCGCCGACGACUCGGUGACCUUCCGCCUGUACGGAAACGACUACGACCUUUACACUCACAGCUUCCUGUGCUACGGGAAGGAUCAGGCCCUCCGACUGGCGCUGGCGCACCACACGCAGUCCGGUGCUGUGGCGAUUAAGGACCCGUGCUUCCACCCGGGCUACGUCGCGAAAAAGUCGUACUCGGACCUCUACGACAGCCCCUGCGUGUCGGACAGGAAACCCGGCGGAGCCCCCGAGUCUUUCCAGCACACGGGAAUAGGAAACUUCCAACAAUGCCAGGACGUGGUCCGGGCCCUCUUCAACUUCAGCCAGUGCAGAUCCAGCCGCUGCUCCUUCAACGGCGUCUACCAGCCUCCGGUGGAGGGACAAUUCAGGGCGUUCUCGGCCUACUACUACACCAUGAACUUUUUCAACCUCACCGACGCGUCCGUCCCUCUGGACACGGUUAAGGAAACCAUCGCCCGCUUCUGCGCCACGCCCUGGCAGCAGGUGAAGCAAGAGAAUCCCGGCAUCAGAAUGAAGUAUUUGGUGGAGUACUGCUUCGCCGGCGUGUACCUCAUCACGCUGCUGACGGACGGCUACAACUUCACCUCCGAAACGUACUCCAACAUUCAAUUUGUACACAAGAUCAAAGGAAGCGACGCGGGCUGGACUCUGGGCUACAUGCUGAACCUGACCAACAUGAUCCCGGCCGAGGCUCCCGACGCGCCGCCGCUGCCCUACGGCGGCUACGUGAGCAUCGUCACCGUCAGCGUGGUCCUCCUCAUGACCCUCCUUUUGCUGCUCGGGUGCACCCUCAGGCCCGCCUGCUCCAAGCGGCUGCGCGUCAUAUAGACGCCGCUAAGCGGCUGCGCGUCAACCGGGAUGUGAAAAAGAAGACUCCGUAGAUAAAAUAGCCUACAUUUAUACACACACACACAUUAUGGUAAAUAAAAUAUAUUUUCAUAUA